GCAGAAAUGGGCCCAGAUUCCUCUGAGACCAAAAGGACUCCGUUGAAAACCAGAGAGAGGCUGCUGGGUGACCAGAUGAUGCCAGCAAGACCUCCUCUUCCAUCUAUUCCUGGUGUGGAGGGAGAAGCAACGGCUGUGGAAGCAGCUCAGGGUCCAGUGUGCUUUGAAGAUGUCGCUGUUCGUUUCACAGAUGAGGAAUGGGCGUUGCUGGAUCCUGACCAGAGAGCUCUGCAUAAGGAAGUCAUGGAGGAGAAUUGUGGGAUAGUGGCCUCUCUCAGUAAGGCUCCCUUGUGGAUCAUAAUUUCUCUUUGGAAAUUCCAUGCAUCUCUCUCUGUGAUAAGCCUCCCUGGUUUUGAGGGAGCUCUGCAGGGCCACUUGCAGCACCUGGGAUUCUAAUACCCUCAAACUCACCUUAAAUGGAGGUCUAUCGACUGUUUUGACCUUGGACAUGAUCAAGCCAGCAUAGACCUUGCUGAGAAUGGAAUGGGAACAUGCUGGGAAUUUGAGGUUAGGA